GACGUCUGCCUCGGCUGCAUUCAAACAUUUGUGUCCGAGGUUAAUGCAGAAAAGUAAGGACUCCUCUCGGUGUUGUUGUUUUUGGUGAAUGUCAAAGUUUGACUGGUUUGAGAAAUAACGUCGCAGUUGAUGAAGAUGGGAACCGCAUUGCUAUAUGAUGAGGAGAUGACCAAAUACAAAUUGCUCUGGGUUGACCCUGUAUGUAAGAUUGAGGUACCUGAGCGACUGACGGUGAGUCAUGAAGCUUUGGUUAAGACCGGCCUGGCUGAUCGAUGCAUCGCCGUACCUGUGCGCGAGGCGACCGAUGCAGACAUCCUGCUGGUUCACAGUGAGGAGUACUUGGAGGCAGUGAAGACGACCCCUUAUAUGACUCUGGAGGAGCUGAUGGAGUUCACCCUGCAGCAUGGUGACGUCUACUUCCACCCAAACAUCUAUCACUGUGCCAAGCUGGCUGCAGGCGCCACACUGCAACUGGUGGACAGUGUUAUGACAGGGAAGGUCAGGAACGGCAUGGCUCUGGUCAGACCACCAGGACACCACAGUAUGCGCAGUGCUGCCAAUGGGUUCUGUGUGUUCAACAAUGUGGCCAUAGCAGCACGAUAUGCCAAACAAAAAUAUGGGAUUAAAAGGGUGUUGAUCGUUGACUGGGAUGUACAUCACGGUCAAGGGGUGCAGUACUGUUUUGAAGAUGAUCCGAGCGUGCUCUAUUUCUCGUGGCACCGCUACGAGCAUCAGAAAUUCUGGCCUCAACUCAGAGACUCAGACUACGACUCUGUUGGCAAAGAGAAAGGGGCAGGAUUUAAUAUCAAUGUACCAUGGAACAAAGUGGGAAUGAAGAACAGUGACUAUCUUUCGGUCUUCUGUCACGUCCUUCUGCCAAUCGCAUACGAGUUUAGUCCAGACCUGGUCCUAGUGUGUGCAGGCUUUGACUCAGCCAUCGGUGACCCAGAGGGUGAAAUGCGUGCCAGCCCCGACAUCUUUGCCCACCUCACUCACCUCCUGAUGAACCUUGCAGGAGGGAAACUGUGUGCCGUGCUGGAGGGAGGAUACAACUUGACUUCCCUCCACCAGUCUGUGUGUCAGACAGUUCAGACUUUGCUCGGAGACCCGGCGCCGCGACCUGCGAACCUCGAUGGUCCCUGUACAAGUGCACUCGAGUCCCUUCACUGUGUCCGAGCAGCUCACAAGCAGUACUGGUCUUGCCUCAAACAUGCAGCUGAGCUACCCACCUCUGAUGUCAGCACAAAGUGCAUUAAAUUAGCCGAAGAAGAAGAAAAGCAGAAGACGGGAGAAGUGGAGAAAAGUGCAGAGGAAGAGACGUGGCCAGAGCCUCCGAAGCGCCUCGCUCCUCCAGUUAGCACAGCUUUAGUCCUCCCUGAAGGUGUGGCUUGCCCGGACGGAUGUAAACGCUUCAGCUCAUCAGAGGACCCGGUCAUAGUCAACAAACUCAGGGAGAAGUUCCUCACAGAUUCAGAUGACAGCGAUGCUCUCACAACCCUCUCCAGUCUCACUGCCCUUGUAGAGAAGAUGGAGAAGAAUGAGAUCGGCAAUGGCUUGGCGCUGGUCCGUGACGUCUCCAUGGCGAUGAUGUGUGUUGUCCAGCAUGCUGCAACCGCUCACCACGACCGGGUUCUGAUCGUGUGUGUUGGCGACGCGGUGGUCUCGAGUCAAGGCACAGACGAUGGGAAAACACUCCUGGUGCAGUUCAGCAACAAGGAGUCGGAGGAACAGAAAGGCAAAUUUCACAUUCCUGUGUGUCUGAAGAAGGGCUGCAGCGACGUGUCUGGGUUCACACAAGCUGUGUUGGGCCUCCUUCUGCCUCUGGGAUACGAGUAUGACCCCAGCCUGGUUCUGUUGGUUCGGGCGCCGGGUAGCGGGCUGAGUGACGGUGCGUGGCAACAGCUAACCGGCCUGCUGCAGGGCCUCGCACAAGGACACACACUGGUGCUCAUGCAGGAAGGUGAGAAGGCAUGUGUCGGCCCCACGGCCUCCUCGCUCCUCGGGGUCGCCGCCCCCCCUCUGGGGAAGCUUCAUGCUCCUCUACCGGAGGACGUGGAGGCGCUGGAGAGACUGAGACUCGGGCUGCAGGCGGACUGGAAGCUACUGCGCACUACAGCACCAGAGACUGGAGGAGGCGAGGCUCCUUUUUUUGGUUCAGAAAUCAGUUGAACCACAUCAAUCAAAUGUCUUGAUUUAAACUUUAUUUUAUUUUUCAUGUCAAAAUUGUGCUUUUUAACAUUCGCGCUGUGCCCUAAAAUAUACUGUAUUUCUCAAGACACAUGUUUGGAAUUAAUCAACAUCUUGUGAACCCCAUGAUUGAUUGUCAAAUGGAUUUACAGAGUUGUUGAUGAAUGAAUGAAUUAACAAAUAAAAUCAAUCUAUGUUACCCCAAAUCUUUGUUGUCAAAAGUUAAUAUUUUCUCAUUUGUUUGUUGUUACUCUCUGUUGUAAACUGUUGGCAAAUGUGUGAUUGUAAAUAAUUUAGUAAGCCAAACAUUUUAAAUUUCUUUUAGCUUAAAAUGUAAAUCUAAAAAUAACCUUUGUGUUGAUCUUGUUCCAAACAAAUGUCUUAAUAUGUAAUAAAAUCAGCGACAUGA